AUGGACGCUAAGCAAAGGGAAUCCAUUGAAGAGCUUAAAGAACAGCUUAGAGGGCUGGAGGAAGCUUUACUGAUCCAAGAGAAGGUCAUGCAGCAGCGCAAUCAGGUGAUACUCUCUUUGUCUUCCUCCAUAGCGGAUGCAGAGAAUUCAAUUGGAGAAAGCAAGGAAGGUUUGAAAAAAGCAGAAGAAAGUCUUGAAGAAGCGAUCCGAAGUAAUACAAUUGCGCACACUGAGCGGCUAGUGCUUCAGGAAGAAGCAACCAAAUAUUCGGAGCGCGACGAGUACUUGAAUGAAUUGUCUGAAGCGGACGCAGGUCUCAACGCGGCAGAAGCACAAGUUAAAGACCUCGUAAUUCAGAUAAACGACCUGAGCAGAGAACCUCAGAACAAGAAUGCAUUGCAACGUGUUACCCUGGUGAGGCUAAUUUCGAUGCUUAACGAUUUGCAUGCAUCACUGAAGCACAGCGUUCAGUGCGUUCCCCAUGAAGAGGACAAUCGAGCAAGGGAGGUGCUUAAGGCAAUCCGUGAGUUGUCCCGUGAGCGUGAGCGGACGUUUGGACAUUGCUUAAGAAAGAAACGCGAGAUCAUGGGUGUGAUGGAGCUUAAAAAGCAAAGAACUGAUGAAAUUCUCCUUGAGUCAAAGAAGAAUGUGGCCCUGUUACGCGAUAUUCAUGAAAAAACGACAUUAGAUGCGGUAGAGAAAAUACAAAAAGAGAGAAACUUGCUUCAAGAAGAGCUUGAAAAUAUAAAAAGAGCGAACCAGCUGCUUCAGGAUACUCUCGGCAGCACGGAGUGUUUGUGUGAUACGAAAGGGAGUGACAGUGCCAGCACUCCGGCUUCAAUUUCGAUGAAUGUGGCUUCCUGUCAGUCUACCGACGUUCAGAAGGAGAGGGAGCACCUCCGUGAGUAUUUGAGACACUUGGAAGAAAAAGUAACUCAACUAAGGAGCACAACAGAUGAACUACGAGAGAGCGUGGGCUCACAAAUGGAGAAAAAUACUCUUAAACUUAAAGACCUUAGACAUCAAGUUCGCUCAAAGCAAAAUGAAACACACAGACUAGAGAACGAGAACAGAAAACUGAAGUCUUUAUGUGAUUCCCUGGCCUCAACAUUGGGACCUAAGUAG